AUGGGGCGAAAGAAGAUACAGAUCACCAGGAUCAUGGAUGAGAGGAACAGGCAGGUGAGUGUCGGACACAGACUCUACAAUACAAGGACGCAGUCUCAGUGAUGCAAACCAUUUGUUUCUGAAGGGAAAUUUUGAAGCCCGUCAGCGGCUGUUGCCAUAUUGAAUAUGCUGACUCAACCCAACAUUCAUUGCACCAUCUACGAGGCAAAGAGGCGGAGUCAAAGUAGAUUUUUAACCUCCACACAUGUCAGUCAAAUCAGCCAUGCCUCAUUACUGUAUUAUCUUUGAAAUAAAGGAAUUAUAGUCAAGCUCAUACCCUGCACAGUGAUAAGGAGAGAGAAAUGAGCUAUCUAAACUAUAAUAGUUUAUUGACCUAGGCUGUAAAUUUGUUUAUUUUUGCAAUAAAAAAUGUUCUAUUUUGAAUGAGUGUGUAUGUGGUUUCCACUCCUUUUUCAGCCAACCUCAAGUGGGCAACGUUAAAACUGCAGUUUUUAGCCUUUCUGGAUCAGCUUCCUUUUUUCAAAACCAAGUGUUGCCGCUUGGUGUCAGAUAGUUAUCCAUCAAUCUGUCACUGAGUGUGUGUAUCUAAAUGGUUAGAGUGCUAGGUAGCUAAAUGGUCAGCUUGAUAGAUUGCUGUCCACCUGUCUAGCAUAUGCUGUCUCUCUCCUUGCUAGCUUGCUGUUCACGUAUCUAAAGCCUGUAGCCUUUGUUUUUCCAGUGUAAACAGUUGUAGUAAAAUACAUCAAACUGUGUUCAAAGAAAUGAUCCAAAAAGGUUUUAUCUUAAGAGAUUCUCCUGUACUCAUUUUUGUUUGUAACCCUCAGACAGGUGGAGACAGGACUGAUUUAUCAGUCUUCUUCUGUUUUCUUCUCUGCCUUGCUAGAGUUCAGCAGCUGUCAUGGUGUGCAUGGAUCUAAACAGACAUACCUCCCUCCCCAAUGUCCCUGCCAGCUGAACAGGGACCAUGACAUUUCUUUGUCAGUGCGGUCAUAUUUACAGACAUGAUUCCCCUGCCACCCUGCAAUUUCAGCCAGAGAAGUUGAUGAGGCAGCAGGAGCUCUGGGCUGCAGCGGGGGCCUCAUGGCGUGGGAGUGCGCCGAGGGUAGUGAGGAGCACAGCGGGCUGCCUGUGGCCUCCCCACACUGCAGGGCUUGUCCCCUGGCCUGGCAGUAUGGCUGGGCCCCUUUUGCUGUAACCCUAUGUGUUUGCAGCUGUUUGGUAGUAAUUAGACGCAGCCACUGUACCACAGCACCCUUUCAUUUGCAGGGUGGGUCAGCAGGACACACAGCACCCUUCUCUGCUUUGGCUACACUAGUCCCAGCUAGCCGCAGAGAGGGAAAGAGCUGGAAUUCACUGUGUCUGCUCAUGUCAAAUAUAAACUCCUAAACAGCAAAACACUUUCAAAACAGCCUGGAUCUGUCAGAAACAAGAAUAACAGGCUGGAGUAUAUUUAGAGAAGGAUGGUUUUUGUCCGACUCUGUUAGCUACGCUACCUUUAGUUCAAAGCUAAGUUGAGGAAGCUUAAUUCAUAUCCACUCAUAAGAAUGCAUUUCCCACAGCCAAGGCCAACCCUAAAGCCAUUUUUUAACACCCCCUCAAAAUGUCACUUAGAUCUCUCCACAGGUGGAGCAACAAAGAAAGUAAUGGUAGAGGUAUUAGCAGUGGCAAAUCUGUACACUGUGUGCGCCUGUAACUGUGAGGCUCGCAAUUCAGCUGAGUGCAAAACAGAAAUCAACACUGUGGGCCAAUUAUCAGUGUAACACCUGGCUCUGGUCGGGAUCCAAACAGAAGGGCAGUAGAGAAAUCUCACUGCUGUAUCCUCACUGCCAGCAAAGACCUGUGGCAUGUAGGGAAAUAGAAAAUUACGUGAAAACAGGUUGUCAACUGUUGGCCCGGUGUUGAACUUAACUCCACAUGUGACUCACUUUUUAUUCUGCUUAUAUGAGGAGGCCUAGGGAAUACAUUUUUCUGUAUUCUAUCGCAAAACUAUGGAGCUUAGAUGUUGUUUUUAUUAAUGUGUCUCCCAAAGCGGACUUUUUGCAUCAGAUUCUAUUCUACAUUUCUGGCAGUUUAAUUUGUGAGAAAGUUUAUCAGCAGAGCACAGGCUUUUCCUCUCGCAUUUAAUUGGUUAUAGCUGGCUCAGCAGUGGAUCCGCUCCGACGAUAGGCCACCAUGCUAAAACACAGCUUUGGUGUAAAGUGAUGUAUGCUUAUGUGUCUUUCUCUCUCUUUUUUUUUCCUGGGCCAUGAAGCGCACAGCGCCAUCACUCCCUGGGGCGCGCUCCUAACCUAGGGGAAUAGCCAUUAGCAUAUGUCUCUGCUGUCGGGAGACAAUUUGAAUCUUUAUCUAUGCCGCUCUGCUGCUAGCUAUCAUAGCAUUAAAAUGAAAGGAGUCCUUAAGUGGGCUAAUUAGAUAGAAUUGCUACACAGGAUGUUGUGUGGGGACGGCUGGGGCUCCCUUGCAUUAUCACUACAAGUGCUUUAGGAGAGCUGUUAACCUUUUUGGAUUUAUAACGCAGCGCGCGCCAAAGGCCAAGGAGGUCUGUAAUUGCACAAUCCAUCAGGAAUUGUGAGUGCCAAGUUGAAACAGGCAGUGAACUUUGCAGAGUUUUUAUUGUAUUUAAUUUUUUAGUUUGUUUGUUACUCAUCGUGUCAUGACAUGUUUUCAUCGUUUAGCAUUACGAAGCGCAUGAUGCAAAACCAUCAAGCUGUUUUCACAUACAUCGUCUUUUAGUGCAGCUCUAUACCCGAAACCAAAGUACGUGUGUUUCUGCUGUGUAAAGGGUGUACAGAAUGAGACAUGAAAGCAGUGGAGGUCCUGUCAUGCAUAUUGUAGGACAGUAAAGCAAGUUCCCCAGCGAUACCCUGCAUAAGUGAUGAUGGUCCUGGGACAGAGCAGCACAGUCAUGUAGCAGACUGACACACUGAUUGCAAAUGGAUGCUAGGUGAAAACCAGGCGUUAGCACAGUCUGGCUGAUUUGUCUUCAUCUAAAGCCUUCACUAAAAUUAAACCUACGAUGGAGUAUUAGGGCCACAUUAAGUAAAGAAAAAAACAUUGUGACAUUGAAAUUAAAGUUGUUACCUUACAAGAAUAAAGUAAGUACCUACAAGAAUAAAGUUGUAAUAAAAUCAUUACUUACGAGAAUAAAGUUGUAAUAAAGUCAUUACUUACAAGAAUAAAGUCGUACUGAAAUCAUUACCUACGAGAAUAAAGUCCUCAUAUUCUAACCUGUUGUUUGAGAUGAUAGUUGUUGAAUUGAGAGCCGUGGAGCAUUUUGUGAAAAUGUACUUCAAUAUAGGUUUCUCAAACAAGGAGAUAUUUAAUUCUUUGGCAUAUCAAUACCACAUUAUCAUUAGUAGCCUAUCAUAAUGAUUUUGAUACAACUUUAUUCUUGUAAGUAGUGAAUCUAGUACAACUUUAUUCACGUAAGUAAUGAUUUUAGUACAACUUUAUUCUCAUUAGUAAUGACUUAUUCUCGUAAAUUAAUGACUUAAAUCUCGAUGUCUUAAAUUUUUUUUUCUUAUACUCUAAUACUCCGUCAUGAAUACUUACCUGUGCACAGAAUCAAAAAUUGAUUCUCAAGCUGUAUCUUGUGUAACUUUUUUUUUUAAUCUGUCACCACAUGCAGAUUAAUAUAGUGGAAACUAAAUUCAAAACCGCAGGAGUAUUCAAUUGAAUCAACUGCUUUAAAACUACAAAAGGAGUUCAAUUAACAACCAACCUUUUCCAAUUUUUGGAGUCUUUUUUACUUCUAGGAGGAGCUGGUCUGUUGUGCACAGAUUUAGCAGGAGUGUGAUGGUGAAGACAGAAGCGGACACAUUAGUCCUGUAUGUCAGCGUAUAAAGCAGCUGGUGAAACCCAGUAGGCAGUGUCUGGUGACGUCCUCUGGAUGCCAUUAAGCAAGCUCACUGGGGGUAAUUGCCCAAGUCAUUAAAAGUUUGAUGAUUUUGCUGCUGGGUGGAGGGUUGCCUGCCCUUGCUGUGGCUCAUUUUGGGUUUUUUAGCUCUGGUGCUCGAGUUGCCUGUAGGCACGGAGGAGCUUUCUGUCUCACUUUCUCUCCAGGGAGCAACACCUCCCAUAAUUCAGCCUUCACCCGUUGCUGAAGUUCUGAGUGGCUGUCAUUAUUUUUUGGACAGGUAAAGAGCUCGUUGAUUGACCAUGAACAGAACAGAGGAACAGUGUUCAGUGUGACAGGAAGUCACGUUGUUCAAGAUGACAUGUAGUUUCCAUGAAACUGUGCUGAAGCAGCAAAUCACAAAGUUGGGUGAUUGGGAUUGACACUUUGUGUUACAGGAAGAGAGUUUAGUGUUAUGGUUCCCUAAAAGGCUUGUGCUUUUUGAAAAGUUAUAACUAUUUAAAGUUCUAUCAACACUGCAGACAUUUUUGAAUUAGUUUUCCUCUAAUUGUCCAUAGAUUGGGUUGUUCUUGUUAUUGAAAACAGAGAGUUUUAUGGAGAUGCACAUUUCUUUUGCUAACUGGCAUGUCGCUCUCUUCACUAAACAGGAUCAGUCACGGCUACUCUAGGUUUCAAGGUCAACCCCACUCAGUGGAUGAGGCCUUUGCUCCGUCAGUUGUCCAAAUAGGGAUCCUGGGGCUGUCCUCUCUCCCAGUGAGAGCUGAUCUGCACAGACAGUCGCGCUGGCCUCGGCCUGUCUCCCAGGCUCGCACUCUCUGGCACCACAUAGCCAGGGCAGCAGCCACAGGGCCUGGGUCACUCUGCCAGCUGGUGCCAGACCUCAGUUACUCUGCAUCCCGCACUCUUGUCUGCCAUGGGGGUCGUCUGAGGUGACAUGAGGUUCUAAUAAGGCCGCCAGCUCCUCACCCCUCUGAAGGUGUUAGUGACUCAGGCGUCUCCUGCCAUGAAGCAGUCACAGCUGCACUCUGAGUCCCAGAUGUCUUGUUUGUCAUCUUGGCACCUCUGCCUGUGGAUAGACAUUGAUAGACCUCGUGAUUGACACUUCUGCUCUGUGUGGUAGUUGAAGAUGAGGUUUGCUGUGGCGAGUUAUUCUGUAGUUUUCUGAGGUAGAGAAUCUCUGGUGGAAGAGGAAAAUGACAAAGGAAAUAAUACCUACGAAUAACAGACACAGGAUGUUACGUUUUUUUUGUUAAUUCCUGAGAAUCAAGAUUUCUAUACUUUACCUGAAAUGCGUUGACAUUUACAACCGUCUACGCUGCAGCAUCUCUCUGAUGUCUUGAUUGAGAAAACCAAGUCCGUAGCUUUAAAGAAAAAAAAAACUGAGCUGAAUCACCAAGCUCAAUUAAAGCUCAGUAAAACAGGUAACGGUGGUGAGGCCCCUGAGAAGAAGUUGGGAGUGCAGAAAGUGUGAAUUGAGAGCGGAAUAGCAGCCUCAUUUUGACAUUGUGAGUGCUUCUUAAAGGUCAGGCUUUCAGCAUGGCAGAGUCUGAAUGAAAUCCUGGUUUAGUCACUGAUGUAUCUGGUAUUGUAUGAGCUGUUAUGAUGACCUUAUCAAAAGCAGAGAAAGUUGCAAACACUUCACUUUAUUGGGAGUGAUGUAACUCUCUUUAUAUUUGCCCUUACAUUUGAUUUUUAAGUACAACUGUGUGGCAUUCUUGAACGGUAUAACACAUCUUAACAAAACGGACUCUUAUCCCGUCAUUUUGAAAGGCAUGAAUUAGUCAUGGACCCGGAGAGCUUCAUCUUUCUAUAGGAAGGACUGAAAUUUUUGAGAUCACACUGUCUCUUUGUGGGAGUCUUUGACACGAUGAACCAUAGUGUGGCUCUGCCAGUGAACCUCCCACUUGACCUUGAGGAUGUCUGUGGUUUUCCACAGUCUCACCAUCACCCAAAGAAGAUAUGUCUGUAUAUGUAGGUCUUUAUGCUCAGACAUGUUUUGUGGCAUGACUUCUCAAGUGAACUAAGCUGAACUAUUUAAAUCUGUAAAAUGGAGAUGAAUAGGGCAAAUGUCAAAAAAUAGCUUUCCUUUAAAAUGUUCAAAACCGUACAAGAACAGAUGAGUAAUGCAGUCGUCAGCUAGCUAUCAUAGAGAUGUGUUCUGGGGCCGGGGCGAGGACCAGGUCUCAGUGCUGCAGCUGAGGUUGAAAUGAAGUGGUGGCUGGGUCAGCAGCUCUGCACUCAGCACUCUGCCAUGCAUCCAGGUGGAACAAAGUCCUCGCUCAGCGUCUCAUCCUGGGCUUCCUGCUGAAAGGUGACAUCUCCAUGGCUUAACAGCCACAUUCAUCUGCUAAAGAGCAUACAAUUUGUUAAUCAUUUCCCCACAUGACAGUCCCUACUUUCCAGUUGGUUAGGCAAACAAACAAAUAUGUAAGCAGGUGAAUAAGGGAAUAGUCUGCUUUGGUGUUCAGCCACAGGGGACAAACAUAGGCUGGUUAGACAUGCUGUUGAACCAAAAGGGGGAAGGAACAGACCUAAAACUCGUCAAAUUAUAUUACAUUGCUUAAAAUCCACCAAGGAGAACACACACAAAACCACACAAUGCUUUAAUUGUGUUAAUUCAAAAGCUUCAUGUCUGUGAAAGCAUUCAUUUUAGUCAGUCUCUCUUGUGUUUAAAUCUGUCAUUUCAAGAAAGUCGGCUCAGAUUUUGGUUUGUCCUCUCAGCUCUGGUAACAUCAUUGUAUUGAAUAUGAAAUGACAGGGGGCAGGCUCCUUCGUGUCUACAGUAGGGAUAACGGCUCUGUGUAAUAAUUACCUGUAGUGUGAAAGAUCUGAAAUUCAUUUAUCACAGCUGGAGUGACCCCACUGCCUCAGCAGUUCCAUAGACACUGUGCAACAUGUAGGAUUAUACUGCAUUAUACCAGUUAAAAUGAGGAUAUAGCCGCAAGCUGUGACCAAUUAAAGUUGAACAAAGCCAGCUCAUCUGCUCAACUCCUCUCUUAGUAGGUCAGUGAAACUGAUGAAGAAUACAGGCACAUGCACUCCUCUGUGGCUCUGAGCACAGCUUUGACUUGUAGCCACACUGUGUAACACACACAUGCACACACACACAUACGCACUUAAGGACAACAUAAAUCUGGAACCACGCUUUGAAAUACACAUAUUGUAAAACUAUUUCUGCAAACAAUCAUUAGGAAGCCAAAGAAGAAAACACCUUUAUUUCUGUCCUCCCUUCCUGUGACUGAUGUUUUCAGCUUUGAGAAAUGACUGUUGUGUGUACUGUAAAGAGGUGGUGUAACAUAAUGACAUGUGUGUAUGAGUCUGAAACAACCACAGAGACAGAGCUGCAGUGAGACGGGACAGAAAGUCACUUUGCAGCGAGAGUUGCGUUACCAUCCAAGUGAUGUAUGACCCCAACUCCCAUCUGAGGGCUCACGUUACAAGGCUUAUGCUGCACUACACAGAUAGCUUUCCCUAUAUGGAGUCAGGGGCUACAGUAAUGUAUGGACCCCUGUUGUUGCCAAAGCACUGACUCAGCUGGCUGACUCGUGCCUUUGACCCUGACCUCCGUUCUGAUAACUAGACAUUUCAGACGUGCGCAGUGUCAUUGCAAUCAUUCCUAAAGGAGCAAUGAUCUUGUUAUCUUUCAUCCUGUUUGUAGUAACUUUGUUGUAAAAUAAUGUGACUGUAAAUCCUGCCCCCCCCCACACACUUUACCUACACUGGACCCAACAGAGAAGUGUUUUAUUUCCAUGUAUUCUGCAUUUAAAACUAAACUAAGAACAAAAAGGGUUUUCUAGCAUCAACAGAGCCACUUACCCCAAAAAGUGUAACUGUGUGGUGUUACUGUAUUCUUGGUGUCCUUAACUUCCUCAGUAACAGUAAGAUAUUGUUUUUUUUAAUACUAGAUUAGCUCUACAUUUAUGUGUCAGAUGUAGAUUUUUAUUUUCCACUUUAUGCAAUGUGAAUGUUUCUAUUCUGUCACUUUGAAUGAAGCAGUUUUCCUGUUAAUAGUUUUGUUGUCCGUCUCCCUCAGGUUACCUUCACCAAGAGGAAGUUUGGCCUGAUGAAAAAGGCCUACGAGCUGAGCGUACUGUGUGACUGUGAGAUAGCCCUCAUCAUUUUCAACAGCUCUAACAAACUGUUCCAGUACGCCAGCACAGACAUGGACAAAGUGUUGCUGAAAUACACAGAGUACAACGAACCCCAUGAGAGCAGAACCAAUUCUGACAUUGUAGAGGUGAGUGAAUGCCGCUUCCUUAUAAUGUGAUGAAAAAUUUCUUCCACAUUGGGCAUUUUUUUCCUCAUUAUUUCAGAUCAAGUAUUGCCUCUCCCCUGAGCGGUUGAAGAAAAACCAUGUUUAAAAUGUACUUAAGUAGGGGAUUUGCAUAAAAUAUACUUAUUCUAAUAUUUGUUCUGGGGUAAUAUAGGCUUUACAGUUUUGUAGAUUCCUCGAGGUUAAAGCUUCAAACAAACAACAAUGAGAAAUAAGUAACAGUUUCCUUCUCGUCACCACGCAGAUAGGGCACGGGAGGUCUGCACUCCCUGAUAAGUUCAGCUUCACUUCUGCCCGUCAACUGACGUGGAAAACCUAUCUCUGCACACACUAGCUGCUGACCACCAGUGCCGCCUGUGUUUCCCAUAGAUACUGUACCUGUAGGGCUCAGUGCUCUUGCUGCUCCUCAUCACAGACCAUCAGCUCCACUGUUGGCACAGUUGAAAUACAGUGUUUAGUACAUUCCAUACCGCUCUAUAAAACUCAACAAGCACUUGGCUUUCUUGGCAGCCUGUGCAUGCCCGACAACUAGCGGAAGAGUAAGCCACUUGUUAUGCCAGUAUACAAAAACUGUGAGCCAAGAGUGAAAAGCCAAAGUAAAUGAGAAUGAUUGGGGAGACAUUCGGUUCCAAACCUCUUUCACUGGCUCUCUUGUGGUUUCAGUGCCUUUUCAAGAUCUGCUCUUAGUGCCUGGUAUCUUCUUUGUGAGUAAAUGAAAGCAUAUACAAUGUAUGUUAAUGCCUUUUAAAAGCCUUCUUAUAAUCUUGAGUCUAGUUCCCAUUCAUUUUUUAUUGGUAUAAUUCAGAAUAUACUUUAUUCAAUCUGAGGUACUUCUAAUGAACACUGCACACUAACAAAUCACAAUGCUUUCCACCUGCCCGCUGAAACAUACAUUUUAUCACUGCUGCUCAAUUAGAGGACAUCGAGCAUUUAAGAGGGGUGAGACUGAACGUUUUUAAGAAUCCUCUGCAUGGGAGAGACUUUCACUUGGAGGAAUUAGCGAAAUUACAUGCAGCAUAAAGGAGUCAGCUGUGGCCCAUUAUCUUUUAUUCAUGCUGCUGCUUGUGAAUUACCUGCUUGGCAGAGCUGCAGAAGAGUGCUCUGGCAUCCAGUAGACUCGUGUAGUCACUUCUCCAUCAGGGGCCCUCCAAACAGAGCAGGGGCUCACCUGCAUGAAAAAUACAUGGACGCUCUCCUUCGUUACGUAAGGAUGACCACAAUUUCUUUUUCCUUUUUAUCUUUAUUUAUUUAUUCAUUUUUGGCUGUGGCUCAGGAAGCUGUCUUAUUUUACACAAGCAAACAUAAUAACAGAAUCAAUUGAGGUUUUCUCCACCUCAGGCUGUUAUGUCAUGAAUACCUUUGCACUAGUUCUGUGCGCCUGCUCAAACCGACAGCAUGGAUCGGAAUAUACAUCGUGCCAAAUGUAGCACCAGUGGUCCCUCGCUGUUUUUCCCAUUUAGCCUUUCUGUGUAGCACUCUCAAGGAAGCUGCCCCUGCUGCACAAAAGGCGAGAACAAGCCGCUGUUGUCCCCGCUCGCUCGGCCAGCAUCUUUGCAGAUAUGCACAAACCCCCCCCCCCCUUUUGCCUGCUGGCUACGUGCGCAAGGUUCAGAAAUGAAGAAGCGGAGCAGAAGUAACCAAGCCGGUCCACUUCACAGCGUCGCCAAACAACCCCGCUGUUCACAUGAUGAGUAGAGAGCUAGUAUCAGAGGUGAUUUGUAAUUGGUAAAAGAUUUGAUACAACACGAUCAAACUCUUGGAGAAAUCUGCUCAAUUAAGCAACAGAGGAUCUGUACACUAAAUGAAGAAGCUGAUGGAUUUACAUUGACGGAGAGAAUCCAACCCAUCCCCUACCAAUCAAGUGAAAUGGGUCCCACAUGAGGACACUUACCAUGGACACUUAUCUAAGUUAUUAAAUUGUGUUAAACCAAUCUUUGCCCUGCAAACAAUCAUGUGCUUAUUUGUUCACUUUGAGAGGCUAGAAAAACCCUCUCUUACUUUUCGUUGGGAAGCUCUUUCCGUGUGAGGUACUAAAUCAAAGGUCACAUUCCUUCUCAGUGGUACCAUCUGUAGAUAAAGGCCGAGCUGUGUAGUGUGGGAGAACAGUCUCCAUGUUUUCCACAGAUGGAUGCAUGCCUGGUCCACAGUUUGAUAACCCAGUGGAGGGCUGUGGACUUUGUCUCAAACUUGGCUCACAGUCCAAAGCCGAGCAGUGAGCGCCGAUAUUUCAGUUGCCAUGUGUGUUUGAGCAUGUUUGCAUUUGUUGAUGGUCUUAAUCCUUACAGAGCGUCAACCAGCAGGUGGCCUGCUGUACGAAAUCACCAUUUUUUUAUGCAUGACACAAAAUGCUCCCCUUUUUUGUUUCAUUCUGAACACUACGAGGAGGGAAGUCAUUUUUAAUCAGUUUCACAAAGAGAAAAUUUGCAGGGCUCAUUCUUGUGGCCUGUUGAACAGAAUUAAGCAUUUUUUUUAUUUCUACUGAAGCUAGUCUGGCUUCUUCUAUGUAAAAAAAAAACUUUUAAGGCCACCUUCGCAUUACUCAAUUUAGCAGUUAUGCAGAAAAUUACAUACAAGUAUUUUUCCUCGUGCGUCUGCAGUGUGCAGCCUUUCUCGAGAUCAAACUCAUCAGCACGCAGUAAUUUCUGCUCAAUGUAAUUGUGGUUUCUAAUAUGUUCGUGUUAUUGCAGACCAAACAGAGUGCUCAUGACUGAAGGUUUCAUGGUGUUGUUCCUAUUGUGCUUGGUAUUGAAUUCUGUUUAUACCACAAAUGAAAAUGCUGCUGUUAGUCAUUAGAUUAAUCUAAUAAUAUUUACUCUUCCUCCACUCUCUGCUAGUGCAGCUAAUGAGAUUUCGCUCAUGCUCCUCCAUAACCUCACACCAUACCCCAGCACACAGAAACAUCACUGUGUCUCCAGGAAAAACCUUUAAAUCAUGGACUAACUUCAUGGGUAUCAUCUGGCAUUUAUGUGUCCUCUCUAAAAGCAAUUCAAAACAAUUUAGGUAUAAGGUUGAGAUUAAGAGUAAUCAUGUUUACAGGCACACAAAAUUGGCAUUAAGUCAACACUUAAAUCUUAAUAGAAUCAGGACGGCGAUUUGUCUUUAACCUAGUUUCAAGAUGUGAUUUGAGUGAAAACCUCUCCUUGUAAAUGUAAAAACUAGACUGCAUAAUUGGCAAAGCUUUGCUUUUUCACUGCUCCUCUUUAAAGGUCUUUUACCCUGAUGAUUUGUGGGAGUAAACACACAGCCAUCAUUCAUAGGGAAAUGCUGCUUAUCUUCCUCAUAAAGAAGAGAGGAAGCCAUUGUUAAUGGGACUUAGUAAAAAAGGGCUGUUUAUUCUCUAUUUGUGAAGGGCCACUUCAGCGAGAGAAGACGGGCAUAAUUUAUCAGCUAAUUUCCAUUAAGUUUUAUUUCAUGAUCACUAUCAGCUAUUGUUAUCGAUUAGGCAGCAUUAGUCAUUCAAUAAGAUAUGAAAAUUCUGACCAUUACUGAAUGCCAAGCCAUGAGACUGACCUUUGCCGGUUUUAUUGUGACAAAAGCUUUUCUCCCAAUCAAAGAAUUUGUUUUCCACCAUGUCCCAUUUUCUGGAUCUUUGUUAAACCAAGCAAGAGGGUCACUGCAUUAAGGCUUGUAAGAAAGGUAGCGCUACUCUUCGAGGAAUUAAACCUUGCAGUGUUUUGGGCUGAAUGGGCACCAGUAGUUUCAAACAGGGGAUGUUUAUGUUGUCAAUCAAAGACCGAGCAGUGAUUAAGACUCAUUUCUUUCUUAAUGAAUGCAAAUUGGCACAUCUGCUAUGGUGGGCUUGCUGUCCAGACUCUUCAAUUAGCAUGAUUGAUCAAUUAUCCUCCUGCUGGUGGCUCACUGGAAAUGGAGAUGAGGAAAGAGUGGGGGGACUAAGGGCUGGAGGAGAGAUGAAAGAGCAUGAGAAAAAAAAAGGGAAAAAGAAACUCCCCUUAAGCUACACUCAUUAUAUCAAUUGUACAGUUUAACAAAAAAAAGAGAGAAUUUUACUUUACUCUUUUAACAAACCCAAGUCCGGCCAAUGUGACACUAAAUAAUGCAGCUGAUACUACCCAGAUCAAAACAAUGCGAAGAUAUAUGACUUUAUAGAAGUGCUCAAUAUGUCAUUUGUUGAAUUCUUGUGAUUUCCUCCCCCAUUGCUAUAUGUCAAAAAUACAAUUGCAUGUAAGAUCCGCGUCUGAUUUUCCUUCAGUAGAUUUUCUGAAGAGAUAUUCCUGUGAGACAUGGGCCUCAGCCACACGGGUAUUUACACGCUCUGUGAUUUUAAACUCUGAAGUCUCUCUUGUUUGUCGUUGUGCGCAGAUUGUUUGUGUUUGUGUUUAACAGUAGGCUCAUUUUCUUGAAGCACACUGGUGAAAACUACUGAGAGUAGUAGAGGCGUAAAAGUGACGCAGAAGUAUAGAGGGAUGUCCAUUGAGACUCUGACUGGGAAACCAAUCAACUGACGCAAAUACCAAGUUUUCUUGUGUAAUAGGCAGUAUCCCAGGAGUAAUGUUAAAGAUGAUAAAACAAUAGAUUAAUGACGUAUUACACCUCUGUAAUUGAUUUCUGACAGUAUUGAAUGUUUUUUUAAGCUUUCAAAAACUUUUUAAACAACCGUUUAUGAUUAAAGUUCAUGUAAGUAUUUACAAAGUUUAGAGAAUUGUGUUAUCAGGGUUUAGCUUUCCUCAUCCCCCUUUAACCUAUGACUGUUAGUCUAAUAGAGAGACUAAAAUGAUGAGUUUGAAAGGAAAAAUCAUAUGUUGGCCAGCUCAACUAAAACAUGAAAACUAGCAGGGAGUUUCUCUUGACGUACAAGGAACUGCUUUGGAGAAAAAUAAUCAUUUUAUAUCUAAUUCUGAUUUUCUGAGGAGUGCUUGGCUGGCAUUUUUAAAAACAAAAAGUCCUUAUUUAUGAUCUGGGGAAGAUAGAGCUUCAAAAUACAAUUAUCAUUGUGGUUUGAAAAUGACUUCAUGUCUGACACGUAAAACUGCUCAUUCUUGAAAUUCAUUGUAGUUGACUCUUGGUAAAGGAGGGCAGCCAUGUAAUUGAAAGAACUGCACUCUUUGUAAAUCAACUUUGAAACAAUAUUUGAAGAGUUUAAUUUUUACAAAAUUUGUGAUUUGAACAAGAUGAAAAGUGACAAGUCAGUUGAAUAGAUUAGUGUUUAGAGCAUUUAGGACAAAUCUAACUUGUUAGAAGUUUCCAUACAUGAAACGAGUUGUAGGUUCAGUGGCGCCAUUGUCAACUUUCAGUACACCUUAUAUCCACCUCCACCUCUCCGCCAUUAUCUUUCCACUUCUCUGCUGCAAACAACCUCAUAUUACUAUUUUUUCUUCUGAGUAGUUCACCAAUGAGCUCAUAGCAGCAAUGAUGAGAAAUCCCUUUUAAGCUAAAUCAAAUAUCAUUGCUAUUGACUUAGACUUAUUGAUGUUGAUUUUUCAGGGCUUUUCAAUAUAUGUGAAAUUUUCUGUGGCCCAUUUUUAUUAUUACAUUUAAAAAAGUAUGUGCUCCUCUGCUCUCCUGUGAUUUAUUGAAGUGAUAUUAAAAUUGUUUUCUACAUUGUCAUUCUGACGCACAGCUCUGUAGAUUAUCCUAAGUAAGACGGUCUCAUCUUAAGUAUGAUUCCUUUUAGUCAACCGUAAAAAUGAUGGUUAUGUGCAUCGUUAGUGAUACAGCUUUCAGGAACAGUUUGUUUUAGUUUAAAAGCUAAGCCUGUCAAUCAAUCUGAUGUCCACGGAGAGAGGGAGGGAGGUUAGGAAAUGGCAAAGGCAGUAUCAAUGUGUCUUUGAAAUCUUUCUGUUCCCCUUUUAUUUGGUGCUGAUAUAAAAACACUAUAUCAGAAAGCUACUUCCUAUUUACUGUGUGCACACAGACUGUUGUGUAUACCUGGGAGCAGACGUUUAACCUUUUUGGGCCUGCUGGUCAGCUCCAGGGUUACAUGUGUUUCCAGUCAAAACAAACACAGUCACUGUUCACACUGCAGCAGCUUCUAUUUUCAGAGCAGUGCAGUAGGACAAGUUUAAAAAAAGAAACUCACAUACGUUCAAGUUAAAACAGAAAGAAAGGUUAUCUUUGUUGAUGGCAGGAAUACCGCUGAUAAAGUUAGUCACAGCUUUAAUACAUAGUAUCAACUGUCAAGUCAGCCUCUGUGGGGGCUUUUAGCGGGGCGCUGCAUACUGUAAAACUGCAUGCUGGGAAAUCCCUGGAACAGCAAAAGUAGCCGAGGCCUGUUAAAUCUGCAUUUAUUUGUUUAUUCAAAUAAGUUAAUUGGAAAAUACUGUUUUCUAGAUAAUAUCUUCAUGAUAGUUGUGGUUAGGUAGAUUGUUGUGUGACUGUUGCACCAAAGCCUCGACUUCAGUUUGAUGUCUUGAGGAAACAGCAGUUUGGCCACCACAGAGAUAGGGACUCUCGGUUUAUGUCUCAAGGGAAUUAUAUUUUUAGGUACAGGAUUUAAUCAUAAAUGUUGAUUAAAAUAACAUUUGCACCGCUCCAAAAUCAAGCGUUUACCGAGGUCUCUGAUGAUCAGUGUCCAUGAUUUUUCUAAACACAAGUGUAAGCCACUGAACAUUAACAUUGACAUUAAUAUCACAAAGUUGGUCAACAUCUGCUCUGUUUAAUAAGAGUAACCCAAUUCAGUCUACGUCAUAUUUCCCCUAAAACCUGUUAUGGCUUGUACAUUUACAUCAUUCAUUUGUUGUGACGUUAACUGUGCGGUAAUACCUAAUCACACCGUCUUUCUCAGGCUAAAAAGUAGUCAUGUUAAUCUCAGUUUCAGUGAUUUAUUCAUUUAUCUCUCAUGGAGCAGAGUAGUGAGAGUCGUCUGAAAAGUCUCCUCUCUCCAUGUGAGUGAGACAGUAUUAAUGGUUCUGUUGCGAGCGACAUGCUGGGUUUCAAAGUGCCCCUUUUUGUAGGACAAGGACUCCUUUUCCUCUGGGCUUUUAGUGAAAAAGGGUCACCAGUCCUCUUUUGUAUUUUUCUCAGCGUAAUGAAACAGUUGAGGUAAAUGUUCAUAUUACUCUGUAACAUGUGUCCUUGGUUAUAAAACCAACUUACAGUAUUUGUUACCUGAUGGCUGGUUAAUGGCCAUGAAUUUUAAAUUGUGAAGAUGUUGUCUAAUUACCGACAUCAGAAUAAGCUGUAUUCCAGCUCUUUGUAUAAUUUUUUUUUUCAUGCAGGCACGCUUUAAAUAGUGUUCUUUAGAUUUUUAGAAUGGCUCAGCGUAUGAUUCAAGAUAUCCAGGUUUUAUGUCCAUUUUGCGUCACUUCUGUCAUUGUGUUAUGAUUCUGUGCUCUUCACUGUGCGGUGCUUGUUACCAGGUUAUUGCUAAGAUAUUUUUGCUUUUAGCACAUGCUGUAUGAUCUUGACGUCAGAGCUUUUUUCCAUGCUCACGGCUACAUUGCCAAUGUCUCAUUUGAAACUGAGGAUCUCUUAAGAGAGCAUAUAAUGAAAGGAAACACAACAACAACAAAAGACCACAAGCCAAAGUGCCUCCUUUAUAACAUUAGUUUCCACUGACACUAAUCAGUUUGUACUCCUGGAUCUAAUGGUAGAUAUGCCAAAAUCUGUCACUUCUGAACAUCACAGUUUAUUCACAAAAGACAUGGACAUAUAUAUGUAAUUUAAUUUUUAAUCCAGAUUACUCCCUUCUUUCUUUAUAAGACUGUUUUUCUUAUUUAAGAUCAUUUUAAUAUUAAACUUCUACAGCAAAUUUCUUGAGAUAAGUGCUUGGUUUAUUAGACAAACUACUGUCAAAGAAAGACUAAAGAGGUCAAACGAAUUUGAGCUGGAGUUUAUGGACAUUUUUUAGCUUUUAACUACUGCCUAAAAGAGGGUUAAGAGGUUUAAUCACUUCAUAAACAUUUUUCUUAAUUCUUAAAGGAAAGCCACCAAAACCCUCUUAGACAUGUCAAAUGUUUUCUAGAUCAGACUAGCGGCUAGUAAAAAAGUAAAAAAUGACCGAAUCAAUGAUAGGCUAGUCACUAGCCUAUCAUUGAUUGGGUAAUUUUUUACUUUUUAAUUGAAAAAGUGCUGAAUUGUUUUCAAAUGUGUGCCCCACUGGUUUUUCCUUUUGUUUGACCCACAUGUAAUUGUUGGUAAUUCGAUGAUCUUUAACAUAUAACAUCGGUUGUGUACACCACAUUGAUAAUGUACUGCCCUCUUGUUUGUGACACGCUACUGCUAACAAACAAGCUACAGGUCAUUAACAUUACAGGCAACUUGGUGCCUGUGUCCUCAGAAGUAAUGAAAGCUUAUGUUUACUUAGCAUAUCUUAAAGACCGAGCAAGGUGAUCAGAUAAGCAAAACUAAGGGUUCAUUGAAUAAUUAAUGGGAAGUAAUGAGUGACCCUGAAUUCAUGCGGUUUUCAUACCUUGACUUUUGGGAGUAUUAGGACUUCUUACCAGCCACCUGGUUAUCCUCCUUUUCUUGUUAGUUUCAUUUGGUAAUUCUUACUGUUGCCUAAAUUAUAUUGGGCCCCUUUUUCCAGCCAUUCUUGAAUACACUUUUUUAUUUCAAGUGAUAUACAUAUUUUUUCUUCUUUCAAUCAAAACCACCGCGGCUAAUAAAUCUGGCAUUUGGUUUCACUUCCAGCAGCACUGUUUCAGAGCUACCUAAUGAUUAAUUUACUUCCAGUGCACCAUCAGUUGAUAUUUUCAUUUGUACACCUUCAAUGUCUCUUUACUCCUCUUCUUUAACAAGUGUGGUGUCUUUAUUUAGCCCUGAUACGGGCACAUGCUAACUUGGAAAAAGUUAAACAGGCCUCAAAACUUAUGAAGACAUGACCUUUAUUCAUUUUAAGAGUACAGGUGUGAACAAUCUUGCUGUUUAAGAGCUGUUUCGUGAAUUUUUGAGAAAUUGUUGGUGAAUAAGUCCUAUCGCCUUUAGCACACCACAUGACGCUGGUGUCCUUUUGCCAGAGCUGUGACGGCCUGAUUAUCUUACACCACACAUCAGAACUGUUGUAUGUAGUUUAUAUAGCCUGAUGGGUAACUGAAUGAGAGUGUGGUGAUGUACAGCGUAGAUGCAGAGGUUCUCAUGUGUUAACCUUAAAAAUGGAUACAAAUCACAUACCUGUUACUGAUGGAGGUACGAACAACAGAAAAUAGGUCAGUCUUUGAUUUGACCUGAUUUGGUUUGAUCUAAUUACAAACAUACAAUAAAAACGGCCAUGCCGAAGUUCACGCCAAUACAAGCCAUGCAUGCCCCCUUUGCAUGUUGUUCAGUGAGUGACCUUGUUGGCUGUAUGGUUGAAAUGAGACCUUGCUUUUGUACAUGGCGGUUUCUGUGGGUUAGCUCGUGCAACCAUCAGCUUGCCCUUGUGCCCCCCUCCUCCCACUGUGUGUGCUGUGCGGCCAACCCCUCCUGCCCAGGGGCGAGGACAUAGCAAAGCCUGCUGGGAUGGAGGGGGUUAGCUGGCACUGUGCCACCUUCCCCUGGCUGCCUGGCCUUACUGGGGGCAAAGAGGGAGGCUGCUGUGUCUCAGAUUGAUGAGGACAGGUCUGUGGUCCGGGUAUAGAGUGUUGCAGAACAGACGUCCUGCUGGCACAUCCUGCCCUCUUUGCCGAGCGCCCCCCCAGCCCUCCGUACUCGCCUUAUCGGAACUCCUAAUUGUCCUUAUGAAUAUUUUAGAGGCAAGCAGGAAUGGGAGUUCAGGGUUGGGGGUAUGGUUUCAAGGGCCCUGACAGCUAAUGAUCCACUCAAUGACCAGAGAAAGAGAGAGAGAGAAAGGAGAGCGGGGAAAGAGAAAGGGGGAGAGAGCAGGGGUUGGGAUGGGGAGGGGGGACAGGUAAUGAAGAUGGUUGGAAAGAUUUUCAAUAAUUCGGAUGUUAAUGUGUGGUCUGGGUUGUGAGUAUUUUACCAUUUUAAUCCGUCUCAUCUCCUAUUCUUGAGGAGCGUGAACAGUAUGUUCUCAUUGUUUUUCAUUGAUGAUGCUGGUUACUUGAGUCCUGAGUUUUGUUGUUUAAUUCCCUCUUGUUGGUACUAAAAAUUAGGAGUUGACUGAUUGAGACAAAGAGAGUGAUUUUUUUGGUAUUGCACUGUGUAGACAGUCCCUCUGCAUUGAGUCCCAGGCUGCUGUGCUGAGUAGGGGUGGGAGACAAAAUCAAUACAGUGUAGUAUCGCGAUAUUUUGUCUGGUGAUAUAUCUUAUCUUCUCAUUAACCAAGUAUCGAUUUUUUCAAAUUAAUCAUUAAUAUGAAGUCAAAUCUAUGAUAAUGGAAAAAUAAAAUCAACUGUCUGUCCAGUGAAGUUGGCAGAGAUGACAUCAUAGAGCAGGAGAAAGUAAGUACAAAAAUAUACAUAUAAGAUUUGCAAGAUGUGCUACAUGAAAAUAAGAUACUGUGUAAAUUAGACAAAUAUAAAGGAAAGACAAAUGCUAAAUUAGCUAAACAGUUGAAAAAAUUAUAUAAAUCGCAAUAUAUUGUAUCGCACUGCUCGCUGUAUUGCCAAAUGUUAAAAACCGCAAUAAUAUUGUAUCGUGUAAUAUCGAUGUAUCGAUAAUAUCAUUUCAUGGGGCCACUAGGGAUUCCCACCCCUAGUGCUGAGCUCAGCAGCAAUUAACUUCCCACCCUAAAUGUGAGGUCAGAGUGAAAUGGCUGCUGUGUAAGUCGGUUAUUGCCAUUGUAGUAUCAGGUGGGGUUGAAUCCCAGAGUCCACAUUGUUUUUCAAACAGCCACAAUACAACAAUAUUCAAAUAAAGUCAGACAGUUGAGUUAAGUAGUUUCCCCCUCCCGCUGCUCUUCCUGUCCACUGAGUAACCAGACAAUGGGAGACGGCCAAAGGAAGGAUGUGAAUCCAGCCUCAUAUCCUGAUAUCAGUCUACAUGCUGAUGUGUAAUGGUCAACAGACUGAUUGAGAUAUGUCUGGGAAAUGCAGAUGAAAAGCCCCCCGACUCUGGAUAUGUGGCGGGAAAAUGGGGAGAAAAACUAGCUUCCUGUAUUACUGUAACCUACUGCUCAAUUAUGGCAAAAAGAGCCACCAAAAGAGACUUAUUCACCUCAAAUGAAGACUCCAGCACCACAAAGGAAUGUGGAAAUAUGGUAGUGAAAGUCUCAUAAGAAGUUAUAUAAGAGCAGAAAUAUUCCUUAGCAGAUAAAAGCCUUCCUAUCAGCCGCCUCACCACCAUGCUGAUUUCACACUCAAAGAAGCCCUUUGAUAAGCACAUUAGAUGGAACGGCCUGGACACAAUGGUGAUGUCAUGAGGAUUAGCACGCUACCUUGCUUAGUGUAGCGGCGGGCACAAGGGCUAAUUCACAGCACUGCAGGGCGAAAAGGCUAGAAGACCUGUCUGAUGUGAGGUAGCAACCAGUUAAAAUAUAGCUCCUGUGUACGAAGGUGAAAAUAGACACAACAUACAACAUGAAACAUUCAUGUUGGACUCCCCUUUUAGAACAUUUUGUGUGAUUUCCGACUCUCUGUUGCCAUAUCUCUACAAACUGUCUUGCUGUUGAGGGGCCAGUAAUCAGAGCUGUGGUGCUGCAGUCAGAGGUCAGGUGGUGCUCUGCCAAUAGUGAAAGCUACUGUAAGUGAACACGACUGUGUGAUUCAGGCACAAUGUUAGAGACUAUAGAAAACAGCCUCUUCAUGCCUUCCUUUCAGCCAUCUCCCCCACAAUUUUGAAGUUGAGCUUUUAUACUAAGCCUCUAUCCUUCUCCUUUCACCCUGCCGUCUUUUCACAUACUGUACUGUGUAAGACAUGAAUAAGUCAAAUGCAGAAAGCUCUCUUGACACAAGAGAGGGAGGACAUCAGAGUGAAAUUGUUUUCCAAGACUCACAGCUGCAGAGUAAAUUGCUUGGGCCCAUCUCACUGGAAGUACUCCUCAAGAAACAGGUGAUGUAGGUGGCUUAUGCAAUGGUUGGCUUUUAUUUUUAAUCCGUGAGUGUUUGCUUCAAUUUUGCAAUAAAAAUAGGUGAAUAUAAUGCUUGAGAAUAAACCUAAGGUCCAGGAUGAAGCAUUCCAGUAUGUGGGAAUUGUGUGUCUGUAGUUUUUUUUCUUUAUUGUAGUAUAACUUUAAAGGUUCUCACAUCAGACAGGUUUACAUCAAAUCUUUAGGGAAGAUAAAAUGAUUUGCCUUUCUCAAAACUACUCUAUGACAUUUAGCAUACGUCAGGAGAGACGGUAACUAUGCAGAAUUCUUCCCUGAGUCAUAGCUUGUUUAAUAGUUGGAGCUCAGGUAGGGACAAGGUUUUUCUCUUCAGGCUAAGGCAGCCUCAAGGCCUCUUGCAGUGGACGACUUUCAUGAAAGAAAAUACACGCACAUAUGCGCACAUGGACAAAAGUACCCAGUUGGUUUGACGUCAGUCUCAUUUUUAUUUGAAGAGUUGAAUAUCUAUCAAUACAGGUUUGGACUGCUGUGAGAAAAUAGCAGCUGGCCUUGUUCCCACUCAUCUUUGUGAGCCUCUCAGGGCCUUGUGAAUAGAUUACACAAGUUCCCUUGUCUAUACUCUCUGCAGCCCCCUCUUCGCAACAAACAGCCCAUAUCUCUCAUUUGAAAUGCUACUGAAAAUCCCACCGUCAGCUGUAUCCACGUCCAGCCAAAUCCAUUCCCCACAGAACCAUCCCCACAACUUGACCCGAGAUCCAAGAUGCAUUUGCAGAAAGAGUUUCCCUUUUUAAGCUUAUUUAUCGAUUUGUUUUCUUUUUGCAUCUCGAUGGUCUUGUUAGUUUUCCCCUUUUCUAGGUCAUAACACUGUAGAGUCCACUGCAGAAUUGACAUGGGGGAGCAAAGCUGAUCUGGGGUCGGGUGGCCUUCAGGGCUCCAUGUGGUCCCUUCUACGGCCAUGCCUGUGCACGGCUGCCUCUGAUUGGCCAGCACAGGGAGUCAGGUCUUGACAGGUGUUUGGAAGAGGGACACCUGUUUGGCCAUGUGCUGAUUUAGUGAUCCAUUUACAGAGAGCUGUAGGAAGCAUCUGCGGGAUGCUUAGGACAUGCCAAGUCAUUAAACAAAAUUACAGCCAAGCUUUUUAAUGUUGUACAACGCCACAGACGCCAAUCGACUCUCGCUGAUAGUUUGUCCACCUGUAGUAAAAAAAAAAAAAAGAUAACAUAAUCUGUCGUGAUUUAUUUCAUGUAUCACAAAGCAAAUCUCUGAGAGCUGCUUUCCGUUGUCUGCCGCUAUCUGGUUCUCUCUCACCCACUGGGCUGCCUCACCCCUCCCUAAAUGGCUUGGGCCAGUGGGUGCGGUGUGCUGAAGACUGGCCAGGCUUGUUGUGAAAGUAGAGCAGCCCUGCCCAGCUCGCGCACAGCCGUGCCCGACCAGUUCGACCAAUAUAUUCCCAUAAUAAGCAGGUUGGAACUUAAAUUUGCAGGUUGAGAUCAGAUCUUUGGCUCUUUGGUGGAGAAAGUGCAUAGUCUAACCCCAGUAAACACAGGCCUUUCAGGACCUUAACUAAAGAGGGUUCGUUCAGUAAACAGGAAAUGAACCAGCAAGGCGUUUUCUUAGAAUGAGAAGAAUGCCACUGCUCUGUACCACACCAAACAGUAAUCCAUCUGUGGUACAGUGCUGGCCAUUCAUUAUCCAAAGGACCUCUUUCUUUUUCUUGGCAUUGCAGACACUUAAGUUUGAAGACUUGUGGGUACUUUUCUGAACUUCCUUAUUUCUGUCUUAGUUGUGCAAAACGACACAUCUUAGUCUGUGCAAUUGCAAAUUAACAUUUUUCCGAAACAAAAAAUAAAAAGUAUUAUACGCACUUGAGAAACAAGUAUGCACAGAGAUAUGGUGGGCAUAGAGGGGGUUCAACAUCUGCUUAAAAGAUGCAUUGAUAUCAUUUUGGGGUGUCGAAAAGCCGUGGCCCAGGUUUUAGGAAAUAUAACUUACACUGAGGUUGUGGUAAGCAGCGCUGGGUUAGCCACAUUGUCUGCACAGACCGAAACAUACCGUCACAUCUCUGUCAGAGGAUGUAGCAGCUGUAGCACCCCCCUACACACACAUCCACCCCCACCUCUCACACACACAAAACACAACACUAACUCAACUUGCAAGCACUGCACGCCACACACACUGCCUCUCAUAUAGUUUCUCUUUCAGUCUGUCUUGUAGACACACAUUUUCCACUUUGUUGGGCACCGAAGAGCUGAAUCAAAAGAGUGAGGUCUCAUUAGUGUGUGUCGGUACCUCUCCACUCGCUCACACUCUGACCCCUGCAUCCACAGGAGUUUGUGACCUUUCGUGUAGACACGAGGCCUCGAAGGCUGCCCGCAGACAGGGCAGGGCGCUGCUGUGGGCCUGCUGUAGCCUGAUAGAGGAACCUUGAGAGCCACACAUAAAUCAUGUUUUGAUGUACACUGUCUUGAUAUCACAAGCUGUCACAUGCUGUCAGCACAUCUUGUUAACACCGCUAUUCAGAGCUGUAAUGAGGAGCAGAGAACAGCCUGCAUGAAACUGAGCAAAAGAGCACAGUGUUGCAUUUAUACGUUUAGCUGUACGGCACUUUCCCUCCCUCUGAAGUUCGAAUAGGCUUUUUAUUAAACCACAACUCCCUGCCUUAUGUACUUAUGAGCUCUUUGCUUUUACAAUAAUUGCUCAAUUUCAUGCUCAAAUAAGCAUCUUUGACCACAUUUGAUUAUCCGUUUUAUUCCCCACAUGCGUUCAUUUUGAUAAGAUCCCACAAGUGACAACCAUACUAAAUUGGGACAGUCUUAAAGUGCUCUGCUGUAUGAUCUUCUUAUGCGGGGGGUUUCUUCCAGCUGGGUGGCUUACGAUAGCUGAAAUAUAAUGAAAAAUGCAAACACACUCUCGCAGCAAAGGAAGGAAGGAGGCAGAGAAGAGGGGUGGAAAAAGAAGAGAGAAGGAGGGGGGAAGAAAGAAGGAUGCAAUGUGAUUUUUUUCUGAACACUUUUGAAGGUUGAAAGGAUAUCUAGUGACAUGUCAGCUUCCUGAAACUAAACUACGGUUUACUUCAGUUCAGCUCAGGAUCGGUGCAGCAACUUUUGUCCUGCAACUAAAGACACAAUCAGAGGACCAAACAUGCACUAAAUGCUUUUCACUGACAUUUAAGUCUGGUAGGAAUGUAUGUACUGGGUUACAAGAAGCACAAACACAGAGCUGCAUCUUGUAUUCUGUUUCUUUUCAACUGUGUAAUUUCCUUUCAGAAAUUGAGAAACAAAGGCCAUAAUGACUGUGCUAGUCCUGAUCCAGAUGACUGUUUUGGGCACAGCCCCCUCAUGGACGACCAUUACGGCAAACUAAGCGAAGAGAGUGAUUUAUUGUACAAGCGCUGUGGUGUAAGUACUUCCUUUGUCCCCUGCUGUUUUGUGUUGAUUUCUGUCUUUAUGUUGAUGUUCACUACAGGCGCUAAACAAGAAAGAACACAGAGGUUGUGAUAGCCCGGACCCCGAUGCCUCAUAUGUCCUCACUCCUCACACAGAAGAAAAGUAUAAAAAAAUUAAUGAGGAGUUUGAUAAUAUGAUGAGAAAUCAUAAAAUCGUAAGUACUGUAAAUGCAACACCUUUGCUUGGCUUUGUGGCACAAAGGAUUUUUACUCUUACUUUUAUUUAACUUUUCCCUCUUUCUGUUCCCCCUCCCAAAACCUCUGCCAACUUCUUUCUGAGCUAUACUCUAGCUAAAGAUUAAUACCCUCCUCACUGGGUGUGCAUAUGUUUCUUAUAUUGGAUUUUAAAACAGCUGGUAUUGAAGCACACUCUGAUAAGAUCACAUUUUGUGUGAAAAGGUGAAUUGUUGCAUGCAUCUGCUGGAUAGAUUCACCAAAGUCUCAUGUUAUCGCAAAUCAAACGGAUGUAGCUUUAAAACGAAUCAUAAUGAAUGUUAAAAACUCACUAAGAAGAUGUGAGUGUAAAGAAUUUCAGGAUCUGGGGAUUAAGUUUGUUUUUCACUUCUCAGACCUGUUUUUUAAUUUAUAAUUUAUUUCCUAGAUUAUUAAAGAUUCAUAUUCAUAAUUCUUUAUAAAUGUAAUGUUUGCAGUUACUCCUUUAAAACCCUUUACCUGUCUCUCGGCGCUUUCUUCAUAAGUCACAUUUUCUACCAAGUUCCAGCAGUCAAGUGUUUCCAGUGCUCACUAUCACCACACUAUCAUUAAGCAUCUUCCCUCUCCCUCAUCAAAUACCACACCGGCUCACCCUCCCAAUCCCACAAAUCUUUUGUGAUCUUAUCAUGCGUGACAAUAUUUGAAUUAUGCAAUAACAUAGUGCUUACUAAGCAGUUGUUUUUCUCUAUGUUCCUGACAUGAAGAGCAUCACUUUGCCAUUAACAAACUAAUGAUAACACCCGACUGGCUCACUGGAUAAUGCUAUGAUGAAGCGUUCUCACCGCCACUUGCCAUUUUCACUUACGCUUUGCACAGUCAGCACUCUGUAGGUAAAUGUAAGUGAGUCACGACUUCUGUAGUUGUGAAUCCCUGUUACCUCUCUCUGCUGUGCUGAGGAACACAUGACACAAUAUAGUUAUUCAAGGGAUGAAUAAAUUUCUUCCAGUGCUGACUGCUGCAAUGCCAAAGUGAUCACCUGAAUGCAUGUUUUUGGACUUUGUGUUUCCUGUGUUUUCUCUGUGUUGCAGUAGCAUUGAAGAUGUACAUGUUUUUUAUAUACAUAUAUGAUAGACGUAAGAUUGAACUUCUUUGCUGCAUAUUGUCACUCUGCUCUGAUGUAAGAUAGAUCAUUUUCUUACAUGUAUUUUCAAAUGAAGCAAAAGAGGAGUCUUUUAGUGUGCUCUGUCGUAUUAUUUUGUUGAUAUGUCUACUCAAUAAGUCAAACCCUCUUAUGAUACAGCCAUUAAAAACCACUGAGCCAGCACACCUUUACCAUUUGAGUCGGUUUGUGCGUGAUCAUCUGUGUGUUUGUCUCCUUCUUGUAGCCCACAGCAUUGCCUCAGCAGAACUUCUCCAUGCAUGUGGCAGUGCCUGUGUCCAAUCCCAAUGCCAUGUACCAGCAAGGAGGGCCUCUGGGCAGCCAGGCCCUGGCCUCAGCCGCAGCCUCCCUAAGUGACAGCGGGAUGCUGUCCCCUCCACAGGCCUCUCUGCACAGGAAUGUGGGCUCCAGUGGAGGCCCCCAGAGGCCCACCAAUGCGGGCAAUGCAGGUUAGUGGAGAACAACCAUCAACAAGUUAGCGCAAUUGAGGAUGAGACAGCAACUCUAGGGAAAUCCAUGUGGUAAUAUCAGUGUUUUAUUUAAAAAAUAGCUACUUGUUACAGUAGUAAUGGUGAGGCGAAUGGAUGUUAUUUGCCUAGCUUUACAUAAAAACAAGAAGAAAGGGAAAUGCUAGCCAUGUACGCAACAAAAAAGGUUCGAUAGGUUGAAUAACAGCAUUUCAAAAAAGUGAAAAGUUAGGUUUUAGAGUGCUCUGAUGGAUUUUAACUACACUUUAGCCUUGGGCUAAAAGGGCAUUGUGGGGUUUUGGGUAGACCCAGGUAAGCCGUCUUCCUCUAAAGCCUCUCUUCACGCCAACCUAUGAGCCUAAGAUCAAGCUGUCCUGAUCGAAACUCUGAAACUUGUUUUUUUGUGUUGUCUAUAUAUUUCACUCCCUCUUAUAUGAUCAUUAUCACACCAUUUAGUGUCUCAGCGGAGUGGAAGAAUGAUGUCAGGCUAUGCUAAGGCUGGUAGGAUGAGUCUGACUCAGUCAGUGCAGAUGGCUUUUGCAAAAGUCGGUUCCACUGCACACGAUAGAGGAACAGGCACAGAGGUGUGAAAUACCUCAUUCACUUUUCACCACGUUUCAGCAUUGGCUAACACCUUCUCAUUUGUAGGGGGUUUACUUCAUGUUUGUUUGUCACAAUAACUACUUCAUGAUCAUUUUGCCGGGAGGUGUAAGGCGUUGCUUUUUUUUUCUCGCAGACAUGCAGCACAGAGUGUUUUAGGCUCUGAUUUAAGUCGCUCUUGAAGAGACUGCUGAAAUAAUUAACAGGUGUAUUAUUUAUAAGUUAAUGAUAAACGUCUUUUUUCAAGUGCAGUUUAAAGGUUACGUUCAGCGACUCCAGCUUACCAAAUGUAACAAACGCACUAAACACAGCUUGAUUUUGCUCUCUUCAGUCAUAUAUUGGAUCCUCUCAUCACGAGGACACUAGCGGGAGCACAUGUCUUCCUUUCGUUUGCUGUGAAGAUCGAUCUCUGUGACAUUUUCAUGUCCGCACAGGCAUCCCCGUCACAUGUUCUGCUAGCUUGCAGAUGGAUGCAGAUGGUUAAUCAUAUCACUCUGUGCGUCUCAUUAGGUGGCAUACUGGAUACCACAGACCUUUCAAUGCCAAGUGUUGUGGGCUCCAGCCCAGUGGGUAAGUCCUCCCGGAGAGAUUCAUUAGCUCUCUGUAGCUCUGCCCAAUAGGCCUCCUGCUAAGCACGCAGCGCUGAAUAGUUGUGUAUCCAUCUGUGAUUGGUUCAAGACAGUGUCAUUAUCUUUGACUGAUGGUGCCUUUUAGCGACUUUAUUUUCGCAGCAUGUAAAGGAGUACAUGUUAUGCUUCUCUCAGCAGAGGAAAUGUAUGAUAUGCUUGUUUAAUGCAUGUUUGAAAAAUGGGAAAUGGCUAAGUAGCAUUCGCACAAUAUGGCGUUUGUGGUUGAAACCAGCCCUGGUUACUAGAAAAGCAAUUUAGCUGUCCAACUUGAGCAGAUGAAAACAUGCUGCCUGCUCUUUAGACUUGUCCUGUCCAUGCAGCACUCCUUCGCUCUGUUUUUUCCUCUCUAUUGACAGGUGCAUCUGUUUUCCUCCACUCCUCUAGCAGCCCUUAUAAGGCUGGAGAGGGUCUGUUAGAUGCCUAGACCAGCAUAACCCUGUAGGUAUUCAAGACAUGACAUCCCACUAAGUCCUCGGUACACAAUGAUCGAACAGCCUGUCAUGAUGGCAAUGUGCAGUGUGAGAGGCGGAGGCAGGUGGACUUUGACUCUGACUCUCUACUAGCUUGGCGCUUUUGAUAUAAAUUAGUACACAUCUGAUAUGAGAGGAUGUGGCUUUAAGCAAACAAUGAGACAUUUUGCUAAAUCCUGAUUGUGUCCUCUGGAGAUCACCUCACAGUCUUCCCUUGUAAAGAGAGAGCUAGGUAGGUUUUAAGUUCAGGGUGUGGCAAUGACUUGGAGUAGAGUGAGAAUCCUUUGCCAGGGGGGCGUCUGAGUUUGGCACACUGUGCACAUGCUGCAGCUGUUGUUUGUACCGAGUGUGUAGAACAGCAUAGACUAGAGGGUGGAGAACCGCUCCAGCCCUGCUGUCAGAUGACAAUUCCUGACAUAGCUCUGAUUUUUCACGAGUGGCAGCUAUGACCACAGCGAAAGCCUUUUCAAAGCGGCCAGAUGGAAGAUGUGCCGUGUGAUAUCUUCUCUCCUGCUCAGUGGCGUCACCAAAGAGGGUGAAAAAUACGUGCAUGUACACGGGGGGAGUUUUAUUCAUAAGGUGGUAAACAAACAACCUCUGUAGGACUUAUCUACUGGCAGAUCUACUCGUCUGACUUACUAUUGGCAAAUUUUUCUAACAUAAUUAUUUCUUUUUGUGCUUCUGAAGAAAGCCAUUUGUCUACCUUCAGAUCGUAGGUGUACAACUUGACUCCCCCAUCAAAACCCUCUCCCUUUAAUCUCAUUUUAUGCCUGUGGUGUGCAGCUCCCAACAACUUAUACAGUUUGACCUAAUUACGAGCUCUGGUUCUUGACGGAUGAACAUUAAGAAUGAAAGUUGUGGUGUACAGGAGGGACUUAAGAGGCCUACCUCCUUCUUAUGCAAUAUGACUGCAAGCUGUGCACAUCCCUUAUUAAUACUGGAGCAUUACAAGCUCUUAAAACAAAGUUACAAAGCAUGUUUGUAAAUACUCAGAGUUUGAGGAUGAUUAUGAUAGUUAUUCGUGCAAUAUAGAAAGAAACUGUAUUGUCAGAUUUUGUCGAGCUGUAAUCUUCAGGGCUGAAAUGUAAAUAUAGUGCAAGUGUUUCCGAUUUUUUUUUCUGUUACUGGCUAGGGGUGGGAGAAAAAAAUCAAUACAGCAUAGUAUUGCAAUAUUUUGUCUGGUGAUAUAGCGUAUCGUCUCUUACCAAAUAUAAAUUUUCCAAAUUAAUUGCUAAUAUGAAGUCAUAUGUAUGAUAAUGGAAAAAUAAAAUUAACUGUUUGUCCAGUGAGGUUGGCAGGGGUGACAGCAUAGAACAGGGGAAAGUUGGUACAACAAAUCUAUGUUUAAGGUUUGAAAGAUGUGCUACAUGGAAAAAAAAAAAAGCAUAAAUAAGACAAACGUAAAGGAAAGACAAAUGCCAAAUUAGCUAGACAGUUGAAAAAUUUUAUGAAUCGCAAUGUAUUGUAUCGCUAUACUCACUGUAUUGCAAAAUGUUAAAAAUAGCAGUAAUAUCGUAUCGUGGCCCAAGUAUCUUGAUAAUAUUGUAUCGUGGGGCCACUUGUGAUUCCCACCCCUGUUCCUGGCAUGAACACCUGAGACCAAAAGUAAGUCCAUUUUAAAAGAACCUUAUAUUAAAAAGCCUGACUUUAAAAAUGACAUAAAUGCGGUAACUACCGGUAGAAAAAGCUGUUUUUAUGAUAACUUAAUGGAGACGUGACUGUGAGUGACAGCUGGGUGCCACAAUAGGUGCCACCAUCUUCUCCAAAUGAUCACUUUGCCUCCAUAAAAACAAGAGAGUGUAGGCAAAACAUGCUAAACUUAAAUCUUCCCACAAGUAGCACAUACACCCACAUAAGACGUCAUGUCCACUCUUCAUGUACAUCCUUCAGUUUUUGUACAGGAAAAGGAAAGAGUGCAAGAACAAUCGUUCAACUCCUCUUUGCAUCCUGUCUGAUCCUAUUUUUAAUCAAACCCAACAACAGGAGUGCUUGUAGCGUCUAUUAUUAGAAACCUGUUCUUGGAGGCCUUGAUUCACAUCCACUAUAUCUUCUCGUUCAUAAGGACAUUUUGCUUUAACCUGACACAUGUGGGAUUUUGGGCAUAAUAAGUCACUGUGUUUUCUCUCCCUGAACUCAAAUGAAAACUGAAUGUUUCAGUUGUAAACACAAGGCCUUAUGUAAUGGCCCUCUCCCAGACCGUGUUAAUAAUUCAGGACAAUGAACUGAAACCAAACAGCUUUCAGCAUGCACAGGUUCCUGCCAGAGAGGAUUUAUUGGCACAACCAUUCCGUUAGAGAAGUCUGAAUAUGGGAUGAAGGCAGACAUCAGAGAGGCCUUUUGAAAUGUCCCUGCUCAAAGGCUUGGGUUAACUUGGAGUAGUUACAGUGGUUCAAAUAUGUCUUUGUGGUUAAAGUAUUUGGCAAUGACUUAAAAAGGUGUGAGAUAAGUCAGUCACAACCUGAGAGAUUUUCCAAAGAUAUGUAAAUCAGAUGUCUUAAUCCUUCUCAAAAUUAGCAAAUGAUGCAGCACCCCCGUCUGUCUGUCUGUAAGUGUCGGUCUGGAUUCGCACGAGCAUGUCAUACUGUUGUGUACACACAAUAUGUUAGUAUAAAGUUAAAACAUGAAAAGAAAUAGAAACGACCGAUAAAAGAAUGCACAGAAGAAAAUUGAAUGGCGUUUUUUUUUUUAGGAUUUCUCUGCUUUGUGUCUUUUCAGGGUUCACACUGCACACCUGAGCAGCUGUGUCCUCUGUCUUUUCAUUGUGGUGCUCAUGUUAACAGAUUGGAGCAGUCACACAGCUAGCAUGAACAAUAUGGCUCAGCUGUGGGUCAGGGGCUGCAGCAGCACCACAUUAUCAUCAACUCAACUUUGUUGUUCUGCAUUGCUUUCGUGGAAAAGAAAAUAUCAUCUCCUACAGCGUUGUUUUAGUGUCUACAGUGCUUAGCCUAAAUGAGUACACCCAACAGAGUUGUCAGAAAACCUUUAGUUUCCUUUCAACAUCAACACUUUCUGUGUCAGACUAUACAACAAAAUACUCCCCCAAAUGUAGGCCAUUGAUUGCAAACAAGUUUAUUUUUUCAAUUUGAAAUCAGGAUGCAAAAAUGAGUACACCCCAAUCAACGUUCUGGUAGCAAAGUUAAAUUUUAGUUACCAUAUCACCCUUAUUUUCAUCUUACGGUAAAUAAAAUGUUAUGUUGAAGCUCAGUCAUUAUUCAAAAACAGGCCACAUUAUGCUAAAAUUUACCAGUUUGAGGCCUUUUGAUGGUCACCUAGCUGGCAUGAUGUGUAAGAAAUAUGUUGAAAUGUACUCGUAGAAGUCAUUUGGUAUGUCAUCGCUUUUUCAGAUGUAAUAUUCAGUUCUAGUUUGUCUGCAACAGCCUUUAGAUAGCUCUUUCCAUGCAGUACUGCCACACUGCAUACCUCUACACAAAUAGUAUUUACUCCAACAUCAUAUUCCCACUCAAUGACGUCUUCACUGUUUUAAUCAGGUUUGCUAUUUUCAAGGCCUCGGACAUUGACUGUAAAUUCUGUAAACACUGUUUUCUUGCAGCGGCCAAGUCUCGUGUGAUCAAAGCCAAGAGCUGAUGGCGAUAGCUGCUUGUAUAUACUGUUGAUUCAGCUGUGUGAUACUAUUGUCGGCUUCAUAACUGUUUAUUUGACCGUGAAUUGUCGCUGUCCUUAUCUGUAGUCAGAAGGGCUAUUGUUCCAUUAUGUUCGCAUGGGCCUACUCAUUGUACACACACUUUGUGUUACACGGGGAUACACUAAACACAAUGGAGAAGUUAGCAACUUGUUGAAGUGUUAGUGAUCUGUUGAUGCAGUGCUAGAUACUAUUCAGUUGCUGUUGUUUUCAGGACUUAAACAUUUUAAGUGUGAAGGUACACUUUUCUUUCAGAUUCGUAUAAAGUCAAUGCAGUUUAAAACUCUGGUUGCAGAUUUACUUACUCAAGCUAUUACCCGUUUUUGUACGUGUUUGUACCAUCGUUUUUCCAACAACUGAACCUUUCUUCAUUUAUUUGAAAUUGUUUCGAGCUCAUAAACGAUCAUGAACACACAGAGGUACUUUUUUUGUUGUGCUGUUCAUAAAAUUAUAAUCAAUUUUGCAUAGGAGAUAUUGUAGUGUGGAUAAUACUAUACAAGGAAUCUAUGCAGAUGUUAAAGAUGUUUGAUGUCAAUAUGUGACACUGGUAAGUAUUUACAGAGACUCGCUUAUCAAAGGACCUUGCUCGCACCCUCUGAUGAAGUUAACACUCUGCAUGCAGGCGGUUAACCAGCUAAAGAGUGGGAAUGAGGGUGGGAGUUUCUGAAAUGAGUUUGUGGAGACUUCGUCAUUGUAAAAAGGAAGUGACAAACAACCCUACACAUAAAGGUGUGAAUGUUCAGAGGAGUGUCUAGCACUUUGUUAAUGUGUGUUUGCACUGGGUAAAAACAACAUGUAGACAUCUUUUAAUGUUUUUUUAUUCCGCUAUAAUGGCUUUAGCUAUUUCUUUUAAGCAGUCACAGUACAUUUGCCAGUGAACUGCUCCUCCUCCCAUGAUACAAACACUUGACUUUGAUCCAAUCAUUCACGAUAAAAAUAAAAGGCUCAUCAAUUUUGAAAUGGACAUUUUAUUUUUGUAAAUGUGCAGGAUAAUUAUCCAAGUCUAUUAAAAGUUCCCAGAGGGUUGGAAACACUUAGCGCUGCAUGCUGCAGCAGGAAAACAGCUCUGUGAGAGAGGACUGCUUGAUGACUGUGAGUGUUGUCAGUCACAGUCCAUGGUUUGAUGAUGUGUUUCUAUCACUGUGUACCUCUACAGGGAACGGUUUUGUUAACUCCAGGGGCUCUCCGGGCGUCCUCAGCACACCCAGCGGCAAUGGCCUGGGUAAAGUCAUGCCCACCAAGUCUCCGCCGCCCCCUGGAGGGAACAUGGGAAUGGGAAGCCGCAAGCCAGACCUAAGGGUUGUUAUCCCUCCAUCUAGCAAAGGGAUGAUGCCCCCACUGGUGAGUAAAAAGCACAUCACUGCACACAAGAAUCACCAGCUAAAGGACCUUCAAGUAUCUCUGCUGCAGGGAAGACAAACGCUCUGUUCAACUUCUCAAUCCAGACAUUCGUCGCUAAAUGUCUUGCAGGAUUUUGCCACAAAUUAUCACAUCAAUGUAGCAUCAUGUCGUGCCAGUGAGGUUUUCACCUCACCAAGGACUAUCUGCCAAGUGAGAAUCACGCACAGUAUACAGAGCACAGAGCUGAGCAGUUCCUCUUCUGCUCUGUUUUCCUCUGAUUCCCUCCAAUAAGUUGUGGAUGGUGCCAAGAAACUGUGGCCCAGGAGUCAUAACUCUCUCAGUUCCCAGCAUUUAAAUGACGAGUUCUUGCUGAUGAUAAUAGUGACUGUGCAAGGAGUUCUAACCUGAAGCACUUGAGGCUAAAAAGCAAUCCUCUGGUCAUAAAUCAACAUACCAAAAGCUUUGGGCAGGGGAUCGACUGACACUGACCAGCAAAUGUCAUAUUUCAAACUUUGCUUGUCGCUCCGAGCAACAGGAGCCACUCCAGGAAAAUGAUUGUGUUUGGUAAAUAAACCUCAGGUUACUGCGGGUGCUUGUCUUCUGCCCGGCUUCAUCCGGACCCCUAUUGCUGGGUUUUAUUGUCUGUAUGUUGGCAUGUCGGCAUGUGGAAUCGGUAGAACGCGGCAGGUUGCGUUGUAAAAGGUUCGGAAAAGGUUACGCCUCGGCUGGAGGUUGGUUCUAUUAGGUCUCAGCAUACAGAGGAUUUUCGAAAAGUAGAGGCUGUGGUGGGUGCAGGCUGUGGCAGGUCUGCAGACAGCCUGUCAUUAGGCCAUAAUGGUAUUAAAUUAAUCACAUCUCAGUGUGACAGAGUGUAGAUGAAGACUUAAUCAGGGGGCCAGGGUGUGAGCCAGAUAAUAUCUUGUCGCCCUUGUCGUGUCUUCCUGCCGCCAUUGAUUGAGUGUGGAUAUUAAGACAGACCCGGGCUGGUCACAGUGUGUCCCACAGCGCCAAAAAGACAGGAGAUGGGCCUCUGGUUCCCCUCUUAGUACAGGGUGGUUCUAAGUACCGUGCGGCUAUUUUUACAAGGAAACUCAUUAAUAAUUUUUGAUAGUUGAUUGUUUUUGUGUUUCAUUGGCUCUGCAUUUGCAGCCUUUAUGCUAAUAACUCCCAGGAUAUUUUUUUCCAGGAUCUGCCCCUUACUUUAACCAAAUUCAGGGGGAAUGAAAUUGCAAAGACUGCACAAGUCAUUCUUAUCUCAUAUUCCCUAUUGUCCUUUUUAUUGAAAAAUCCAAAUACCUGGCAUAUUCCAGAGCAAUUAUGAGCCGCUCUGCUUCUUUUCUGUAACUCUGCCUCUCUUCUUUUCUCCCGUUGAGGGCAGUCAGAGGAGGAGGAAAUGGAUUUGGUGAGUUUUGACAAAUGCCUGGGCAAAUGGCUGAAAUGUUAACACGCUUUCGGUAAUCGUACUUGCUCGAUGAAAAGCAGAGAUUUAACCGGAGAUUGGCUCUCAGAACUGUCUGCAAUAAUACAUAAAAAAUGUUUUGUCACUGCAUGUUUUGGGUUUGGCCUGUGAAAAUUGCCUCAGCCUGUUAAAAUUGCACAAUGUUAGUCAUAUACCACAAGGCAUGUGAGAGGGACAGAAAAAGCUUAAGCUAAGUGCAAACGACUAUUACAUUUUAAAAACUAAGAGAGCGUAGCCAUCGUCUGAAACGUUUCAGAGAGAAAAAGUUGAAAAAAUAUCAGAGAUUGACGUUAUUUCAAAGGGAGAGAGGAUUACAUCACCUCUAAUGAUAUCAUUCUGUGCGAUAGUUGGGUCUGGUGAAGUCAUCUGGCUGGAGAGUGUUGGAACAAUGCAAGGAAGCCAUCAACUACAUCAUGAUGCAAUGCUGCUUCUAACGUAGCCGCUGGCAGCUGUUAGUCACAUUAUAUUCAGAAGAUUUGUUAUAGUAUUGUUCUGAACUGCGUCUGCUUUUGAUUAGUGUAGCUGGAGUGUGUGCCUUUGUAGCUCUCACAGCGUAAUCUGUUGCAUGACCACACCAGAGCUGUGUAGGUGUGUUUGUGAAGACAGCAUGCCAGUCACUGCACUAAAAACCACUGGAGUCUUACUGUAGGUCACUUUAGGAUUUGAAACCUGUCAUCUAAAUGAUGUUUUUGCACCUUCUCAGUAAACAGUCAUUAAUUUGAUUGAAAACCCGUGUUUUUGUACAUUUGGAGUUAUAAUGAUAAAGUGGUGUACUGUCUUGAUAACUGUGUUUUUUUUCUCUCCUUUAACAAAGUAAAACCAUCAUGUAAAUUCUAGCAAGUCUGAUAAAUACUUUUUGUGACUGUAACUUUAUGUAGCUGUGUUUUUUAUCCACUUAAAAUCAAUAGCAGCUCACAUGAUUUCUUGCUAUUAGAAUCAGAAUCAACAUGUUUUUCAGCCUGUGAGAACCAUUUGGAAUAUAACUAGUUUGUCACAUAUAUUUAUCCUAUAUUUCUGUGAAGUAUAUUGAUUAUAUCCCCCAGAGAAAAGCAACAUGAAUUUUUGUCAUUUUUAUCCUCUUACUGCAGACAGUAAUUUGAAACAUGGACCACUGUACUGACUUUUACGAAGUUACACCACCAUCUAGUGGCGGCUUUUUCAAAUGAUAUGCAAAUCUCUGACUGCCACAUAAAAUGAAUCAAAGAUGCUCAAAUACAUCUCUCGUGAUCUCUAAAUCACAUAUUCAGUGAUAAGAAAUGCACUGACUGUAUCACAGAAGCACAAGAGCAUGAGUUUUAAACCUCCAUAGUUUGGGCUUUUGUAUUUUCUAUGGUUUGUUUUUGUGUGUUUUGCAGAACACUCAGAGGAUAAGCAGCUCCCAGUCCACCCAGCAGCUGGCUACUCCAGUUGUGUCUGUCACCACCCCUAGCUUACCCCCACAGGGCCUGGUCUACUCAGGCAUGCCCACCUCCUACAACCCUGCUGGUAAGUCUAGCCUUGUGACAAACAACAAACACCUCAAUCAUGACUGUUUGCACUACACACCGUUGGUUCCUGCUCUUUUUUCGGUAGCACACGGUGUUGUAACAGAAUUGCGAGUGAGUUCUCAGUGUGUGUGGCUGCUUUUGUUUUUGCAGAAUUUCCCCUGAGCAGUGCAGAGAUCUCAUCCCUGCAGGGCUUUAGCUCUCCCGGGCUCUCGCUGGGCUCCAUGUCGGCAUGGCAACAGCAUCAACUGGGCCAGGCAGCUCUUAAUUCUUUGGUGUGAGUAACACACUCCCAAACAAAGACACACUCUCCAGACGCCCUCACAUAAAAGCAACACCCACUGUGCUCUGUGAUAUCAUGCUGAAUCACACAUCUACAUGUUCCUGCCGUUGGUGCACUUCACAUUUGUAGCCUUGUUUUUUUUUCAGACUGAUCACAAAAUGUCAUGUUUUUAUCCUCUGCAGUGGUGGAGGUCACCUACCUCAGGGCUCCAACCUCUCCAUCAACACCAGCCAGAGCAUAAACAUCAAGUCUGAGCCUAUCUCGCCGCCGCGGGAGCGUGUCACCCCCUCCGGCUUCCCCCCUCAGCAGCCGCAGCAAGGGUCCAGCCGACAGGAAGUUCUGGGACGUUCACCUGCAGACAGCCUCAGCUCCUCCUGUAGCUCUUAUGACGGCAGUGAUCGCGAGGACCACCGGCCAGACUUCAACUCCCCGCUGGGGCUGGGCAGACCACCCGCUGGCUCAGAGGACAGGGAGAGUCCUUCGGUCAAGCGCUUGCGCAUGGACACGUGGGUGACAUAA